AUGGCACCAAAGGAGGAUUGGGAGAAGUACGAAAAGAAGACCGGAGAUGAAAAGGAAGAGAAGAUAGUUGCGCUGGAUGAAUCCGAUAUCCAGAUAUUGAAAACCUAUGGUCAAGGACCAUAUUCUCUCGCCUUGAAGAAGAUUGAAUCAGAACUCAAGGAGAUUCAAAAGCGGGUGAAUGAGAAGAUGGGUGUUAGGGAGUCCGAUACUGGAUUGGCAUCAGCAAAUCUGUGGGAUGUAGCUGCGGAUAAACAGAGACAAGGUCAAAGACCUCUACAAGUAGCUAGAUGUCAAACGAUCAUCAAAGCAACUAAUCCAACACCGGAAGGUCAAGCUCUCAAUCCUCAAGAUGGUGCAGGAGCUGGUAAUCCUGAAGGAGACAAAUAUGUUAUAUCGAUCAAACAAGUUGCUAAAUUCGUUGUUGGAUUGGGUGAACAAGUAGCUCCCACCGAUGUUGAAGAGGGUAUGCGAGUUGGUGUUGACCAUACCAAUUACAAAAUCAUGAUUCCCUUACCGCCCAAGAUCGAUCCAUCAGUAACAAUGAUGCAGGUCGAAGAAAGGCCGUCAGUAACGUACGCAGAUGUUGGAGGAUGCAAGGAGCAGAUUGAGAAAUUGAGAGAGGUUGUAGAGCUCCCAUUAUUAGAACCUGAACGAUUUGCCAAUCUCGGUAUUGAGCCUCCCAAAGGUGUAUUACUUUAUGGUCCUCCGGGUACCGGAAAGACUUUAUGUGCUCGAGCCGUUGCCAACAGAACAGACAGUACUUUCAUCCGAGUUAUCGGUUCUGAACUGGUACAAAAAUAUAUCGGUGAAGGUGCUCGAAUGGUUAGAGAAUUGUUCGAAAUGGCGCGAUCGAAGAAAGCAUGUAUCAUCUUCUUUGAUGAGAUCGAUGCCGUCGGAGGAGCGAGAUUCGAUGAUGGUGCUGGAGGUGAUAAUGAGGUUCAAAGAACUAUGUUGGAGUUGAUCAAUCAAUUGGACGGUUUCGAUGCCAGAGGAAACAUCAAAGUUAUUAUGGCCACCAAUAGACCCGAUACCCUUGAUCCUGCCCUUUUAAGACCUGGUCGACUGGAUCGAAAAGUAGAAUUCAGUUUACCGGACAAUGAAGGAAGAAGUCACAUUCUCAAGAUUCAUGGAAAGAGUAUGAGUGUGGAGAGGGAUAUCCGAUAUGAUUUGAUCGCUCGACUGUGUCCUAACGCUACCGGUGCGGAAUUAAAAUCUGUCGCUACUGAGGCCGGAAUGUUCGCCAUCCGAGCGAGAAGGAAGGUAGCUACCGAGCGUGAUUUCCUCGACGCUGUCGAAAAGGUCAUCCGACAAGGUACCAAAUUCUCGAGUACCGCAUUGUACGCCCAAUAUAACUGA